AUGUUUCGCCAAGAAGUUGGUGUGACGUCUUUUAUUCCAUCUUGUUCGUAUCUUUUCCAACACGAGAAGAGGAAUAUGUCCAGAUAUAACAUUUACAGCCUGUUGGACUGGAUCUACGGCGGGGUGGACCCGAAGUUCGAGGGCAACGGGGGCCCCGAGUGCGCCGCCUUCAUCGCGCCCCAGCAGCGCGUCAGCGAAAGUCUGGUCAUCGUCCUCGUCUCGGUGGUGGAGAUAUUUGUGGCGCUCAGGAAGAUACACCUCUCCAAAGAGCACAGAGUGGUGGGCAAAGACUGCACGCGGGCGAAGGAGGACAGUCUGGGCAAGAACCUGUUGCUGGUGGCCCUUUGCAUGACUUUUGGAGUGGAGGUUGGGUUCAAAUUCGCGACCAAGACAGUGAUCUAUCUGCUGAACCCCUGCCAUGUCAUGACAAUGGUUCAGAUCUUCCUGCUGGCCUGCCCGCCAUGUAAAACAGCAAUGGUUGUAUUUCGGCUGCAGGUCCAUAUGCUGAACGGUGCGUUACUGGCUUUGAUGUUCCCAGUAGUCAACACUAGACUGCUUCCGUUUGAGAAGGAGAUCUACUACAUCCAGCACUCCAUGCUGUACCUGGUGCCGCUUUACCUUUUCAGAAAAGGAGGUGUGUACAAGCCUGAGCCUCUGGGGGACAUGUGGUGGGCGCUGCUCUCCACCGGCAUCCUGUUCCUCUACCACUUCCUCUUCUUGCAGGUCCUCGGCUUGGCGACGGAGGUCAACCUGAACAACAUGCUGUGCCCGGCCGUGUCCGACCCCUUCUACGGGCCCUGGUACCGGGUGUGGGCGACGGGCCACCAGACCCUGCUGACCCUCGUCCACGGGAAGGUCCUCACGCUCCUCUCGCAGCACACGGGCUCGGCAUGCCGCUGCAUGCUGGACGUGCUCCGACCGCGCAGCAAGAAAGUCGACUGAAGGUCCACGAGGACGCCGCACAGACCUAGCCUUUCAUUCUUAAUGCCUGCUCUUAUGGAGAAUCUUUUGAUUAUUUUUUUUAUUAUUACCUUUUUAUAAAAACAACAUUUUAUUGCAUCUUUUCAGACUUAUCAUCUGUUUUCCUGAAAGAAGUGCACAUUCGAGGGGCCGGUGACUCGUCAUUAUUUGACUGCAGACGUACAGCGGGUGAAAUAAGUAUUGAACACGUCACCAUUUUGCUCAGCAAAUGUUCACCGGAUGUCGGUAACAACCCGAAUAAUCCAUAAAUACAAAGCCAAACAAAUACGUUAUGAAAUGAAGUUACGUGUAAUGAAAUGGAAUAACACAGGGGAAAGUAUUGAACACGCUGACUGAAAUGUAUACUAUAUAUAAUGUAAUACUUGGUACCAAAGCCUUUUGUUGGUAACGUCCUGUACGAAGAAACUAGUUACAUGAUGCAUUGCUCAGGUGUGAUUUUGGCCCAUUCUUUAAAUCUUCUAUGAACUCUAAUCUUUAGUUCUUUCCAUAGAUUUUCUAUUGGAUUCAAAUUUAUUGUUGCAAGACAUACUGAUGGCAUUGGAUACAGAAGGAUUUCUGAAUGUUCCAGUGAGCGUUGUUGCGGCCACAAUCCAGAAGUGGAAAGAAAAUAAUUUCACCGUAAACCGUCAACGACCAGAUUUCUGACGAAUUAUCAGAAGAGUCGUCCAAGAGCCAAGGAGCACUUGUGGAGCGCUUCAGAAAGACCUGGAAGUAGCAGGUACAAUUGUUUCAAAGAAAACAAUAAGUAAUGCGCUCAACACGUGGCCCGUAUGCACGCUCACCACCAAGACACCACUGUGGAAGGAAAAGCGUGUUAAAGUUAGCUGCAGAACAUCUAGACCACAACGGAACUCUUUGGAUGCCAUUAUACACACCAUGUGUGGAGGUCAAAUGGUACUGCACAGCACCCCAAAAACACCAGGCCAGUGGAGUUUGGAGGUGGGACCGUAAGGCUGAAUGUAAAAAUGUGGCGAGACAUUCUUGAUAACAAAUCUGCUGCCAUGAUGAUGAAGAUGAAACAAACACAGCCAAGGAAACUCUUGGCUGGUUUCAGAGAAAGAACAUAAAGCUGCUGCAAUGGCCCCGCCAACCACCUGACUUGAAUCCAAUAGAAAAAUCUAUGGAAAGAACUCCCACCUGAGCAAUGCAUCAUGGGACUAGUUUGACUUGAAGCUGUCGUUACCAACGUUACCAGGCAUGUCAGUAGCUCCUUUAGAAAUAUAUUAACUGAGCAGAAUGGGGACGUGUUCAAUACUUAUUGUACCCGCUGUGCGUGCAUUGCACACAUAUGCGGGGCGGGGGGAGCUUUUAAGGCUGGUGGUUAGCAUUGUGGAGUUGGGCGGAUUUAGCCUCUUUUCUUCUUUUCCUUAUGUUUUAUACAAUUUACAGAAACAACUUAAGUCAAUUUAGGAAAGACUUAUCCAGCUGCCUUUUUGUAAAUGUAAAGUUUUAAAGACGGGGAAAAAGGAGACACCCAAAUGUCGAUACUGAUCUGCAGUUGUUACACUUUUAGUUCUGUACGUAGUAGUUAUACUCAGUCAAAUGUUUGUGGGUAAAGCUGCCAUUUUUGUCUCAAGUGCGUUUUGAAACGGAUUGUGAAUGUGCGAGCUGUUGUAAAAGUUAUCGCCUGUUUAUAGUCUGAGAGCUUUUUUAUUUGUCAUGUCUGUCAUGACUGAAAAUACAACGGUAUUUAUGGCGUCCCCCUGUUCCCCUUUGACCUCACACAUGUUCAGGGUAUGAAAGCAAUUUUAUAGCGGCUUCCUGUGCGUUUCUGUCUCGGCCUGUUCGGAUCAUUCCAGUUGAGAUAAUCAGGGGACACGAGGAUGUAGUACGUUUCACGGAUCUACACUGGGGUGUCAUUCUUUUCUUUUUCUUUUUUAACUCUGCCAAGGGAAGUCGUGUUUUUGUCUGUUAUUUUGAUAUUGGAACAUAUUUAGUUGGGUAUAAACUUCAGUCGUCGAGAUGAAUGUGACAUUUGCCAAGAUGGAGAGGAUCUUGACAAAAUAUGUAUCUGGGCUUGACUUGAAUUUGUUGCUUGAUCUUACAAGGCAUCCUGAAUUCAAUCCACCACAAUGACUGUGACGGCGAGUCACGGGCUCAGUUUAGUAUCCAAAAAGAACUACGAAGUGCAUCGGAUGAUCUGCAUGAGGUCACUUUGGGGUCACUGAUUGACAACCCACUCGAAAUUAAGUAUUAACCAGCAUUGGCAAUUGGAAUAUUUAGGUCAUGGUAUAUAUCAUUUAAAGUGUGUAUUACUGCAGCAUAUACUGUAUUUUACUGUAAAUCUUUUUUAAAAAGGGAUAAAACAAACUUUUGUAUUUCUAUUGGUUCCAGUGUAUGUGCUGUAUUGACAAUAAAAGUGUUUUCAGUUAACCAAA